AUGCUACUCAAAAGUCGCUAUUUAUCGUCUCUUACGCACGAAUACAUCGCACUCGGCACAAAAUCAAAGCUUUUCGAUCCCACGUUCUCGAAUGACAGCGAGUUAAUAAUUGUAAACCUGAAAACGAACGAAAAGAUAAAAAGGGAGAUGGAUGGCAGAUUUAAUGACAUUCUUGUGGUUGACAACAUGGUAAUAUGUGCAUUGGAGCAGGAUAUGGUUAUUUAUAGGAUAGCAUCUAUGGUGGAAGAGCAGCUGGAUGAGAUUGACAAUUCAAAGAGCACGCGCAGCCUUGAGUGCGUUCUGUCCAUAAAGGUGGUGGUGAAUGCUCUGUCAUACAGCCAAAAGCGGAAUAUGCUGCUGCUUGCUGCCGAUAAACUCAUACUUCUGGACCUGAAUACCUUCAAGUCGUACAACGUUGGUAUAACCGGCCGUGCCAACUCCAUCUCGUACAACAAGAAGGUUAACCACAUCAUUGCGGCAUGCAUCGAUAAUCAGCUGUUGAUCUACGACAUUAAGAAAAAGGAGGAGGUGAUAAACAAGAAAUUUCCUAAUCUCAGACGGGUCGAGUGGCAUCCGCACACGAGCACCUAUCUAUUCAUACAGGGGGACGGUCUCAGCGUGCUAGACCUGAGCAGCGACAAAUUGACGAAAAUAUGUGAGGAGUGCACAGGGUUUUUGGUGAUGGAUGAUUUUCUGUACAUCUGGGACCAAAACUGUUUGAAGAUGUUCGAGCAUGGAGAGGGUGCAAGGAUGCAAAAUGUGAAGACCGAUUUGCUGAAUUAUAUGGGUGAGUAUGUGGUGAGUGACUUGUUCCAUUUCAAUACGAAUGGCCGACUGGCUGUUCUGUCGCUCCUCAGCGGUUCAACAACGGUUCUUGCAAAUUCGUCUCUGUUCUACGUCAGGCCACCGUUGAACUGCUACCUGAAGAACAACACCGUUUUUUACACCUGUGACAAAGAAAUACGAAUGAAGAAAAUACACGCAAGACUGAACAAAGUGGAGAAGGAUGUGCAGGAGCUGCUGGCAAACGUGGGUAGAGAUGUUGAGUACGAGGGUCCUAAGCUGCAUGUGGAAGAUGAUGAGAUAGCCCAGCUCAUACUUGAGAAGCGGUGGGACGAGAUCAAGCGCCGAAAUGACACUGUUGACGUUCCGCUCGCGUAUUUAUUGGACGAAGACAAAAAAUUCCUGAUGGAUAAUCUGAAGCUGCUCCUUCUCAUCUGCGUAAAAGAGGGCAACUACAAAUUCUUGGUGGAAAACAACAUCGUUGAUUACAAGUACCUGUUGAAGUACCUUGGCAAGGACGAACUGGCCAUGCUUGCCGGGCAGCUGGCCGGAAAGGUCUCUUUUGAUGAAAUAGCGAAGAUCUACGAGAUGGCGCAGGAUAAGAAGAUGUUGUUCAAGAUAAAGUUUGAUUAUCUUCGGAAGCUGUCGGAUCAGUUGUGCAUCAGCGAUAUGCUUGGCGUGUACAUGAGUCUGCUACAUAAGAUGAAAGAAGAGGACGUGUACUUCCACGAUGAAUUGAUCAAUUACUUUUUGGAAUAUGCCAAAUUCGUUGAGGACCGGGAUGUGGUAGAGUAUAUUGAAAGCAAGGAAGGCGUGAAGAAGACGGAUGGUGCCAAACCAAGGGCACCUGCCGUUGAACAGCGUGCAAGCGCAGUGAAAUUAGAUCAUUCCGGAAGCACUGAAAGCGUGCUCCCCCGCUCAGCACCGAAGAGUCCGAUUCCUGAGAUUCCUCUUCCGCAGCGCGCACCCAGCACAUACGUCAAAAAACAUCCUCAGACCGUGCCGCCGCCGAGGAAGAGCCCGAUAAUUCCGGGUGUUCAGAAUGUGCCGGACAUAAGCAGCCUUUCUCUACACGCAAAAGACAAGAAGCUCAAAUACAGUGACAUCAUGAAAGGUAAGAGUGUUCCUCAAAAUGGUUUUAGACCUGUUAGCAGCGAAAAAAAGGCCGUGAAACCGCCAUCUCUCUCAAUUCCAAAACCUGUCCGUUCAGAGAAUGUUUCAAAUGAGCCGAGUGUUACGCAGAUAAAAAAUAUCGGCGAGGAGUUUAACGAAAACGAAAUUAAUGAGCUUGAUUCGCUUAUACAGAGAAGGAUUGAAGAUUUGAAAGAUAGGUCAGCCAGGAAGAAGGGGAUUAUCUUCAAAGCCCGUAUUAAGGAUGGCUUGCAACGUGUUGGCCACUACAAGAAGGUGACCAAUCCGAACAUUUUGCCGUAUCUGAGGAUAUUUAAGGAGGAGGGUUUGUCGUACGAAGAUUUCCUGAAGAAGUCACAGGCUCUGCUAAAUUUUGCAGAGGUAAAGAUGUGGCUGGAAGGUAUUUUAAACCUGUGGAAAAUUGUUGAUUAAAUUUCUGAGUUUUAUUUCGA